AUGAAUUUCUCCACUUCUCCAUUCAAUCAAUUGACACCAAAAGCUCAAGAAUCCUCAUUUCUCGCUUCUCCAACCUCUGUAUUCGUUCAAGUAAAUCAAUCUGAAGAUCUAAAUUCAAAACAAUAUGAACUUCCAGUUGAUACUCAGCAAUUCGAUCGCGCUACUCAAUUGAAACUCAGCAGUAUGCAACGUCCACACAUGCGUAUUUUUUAUCUCUCGUGGAUGUCAGCAAUUACAGGUUUCUUUGGGUGGUACGCGAUUCCACCACUUAUGCCAAUCAUUAAAACACAACUUGAUCUUUCUGAUACUGACGUCUUGAAUUCGGAUAUUGCAAGUACAGCAAGUACAAUCUUCUCACGUCUUGCAGCAGGUCCAUUGCUUGAUCGAUAUGGUCCUCAAGUGGUUCAGAAAACAGUGUUAUGGCUUGGUGCACUUCCAAUCUUUUGUGCUGCAUUUGUUCAAUCGGCUACUUCAUUACUUGCACUUCGUUUUCUUAUUGCAGGAACUGCGAAUGCAAUUACAGGAGGAUUUGGACUCUCAGUCUCUGAAGAUAUUGGAUGGCGAAUCACGAUUGCUUUUCCUGCAUUCUUGAUGCUUAUUAUGAGUGGAGUCAUUCAUUUCGCAGUCGAUAGCUGUCCGAGUGGAAAGUUUCAAGAUUUUCUACGGACGCAACGUCGUUCAGAACAGGAAGUAAGUGUACAACGUACUCAUUUAUGCGAAGCGUUUCGAAGGGUACUGUCCGAUCGAAAUGUACUUAUAAUGAUUGCACACUACGCAGCGUGUUUUGGCACCGAGUUACAGUUGAACAAUAUGGGAGCUCUUUAUUUUUAUAAUGAAUUUAAACAAACGGAUUGUACGAACACUUCUGACUGUUCUGUCCUUACGAAAACAAGUGCUGCGACGGUCGCAUCGUCGUUUGGUCUGAUGAAUUUAUUUGCACGAGCUGUGGGUGGAAUCGUCUCCGAUGCAAUGAACUGUCGACUUGAAAUGCGAGGUCGUCAGUACACCCAAUUGAUACUUCUCUGUAUUUUGGGUACAUUAGUGAUGGCACUCAGUCAGUCGUACAACCUUGCACUUUGUGUCACACUGUACGUACUUGUUGCUAUUGCAGCUCAAGCAACAGGUGGAUCAACUUACUCUAUCGUACCAUAUUUAAACGAAGAAUAUACAGGCACAGUCAAUGGUCUCGUAGGUGCUGGAGGCAAUAUGGGUGGAGCAUUCUUUGGCGUUCUCUUUCGAGUCACUGGAUCGUACAAUACAGGAUUGUUCUACAUGUCCGUUUUCAUCUUUUUCUGUGCGUUGCUCACACCAUUCUGUCAACUCUCUCACGUUCAGAAUCAUAGUGACGUAGUUGAAAACGUCAGCAAUAUGUCGCAACAUGAACCGAAUGAGGUGUACGACCAACUAGCAAAUCCACACGACUUAACUGUCACCAACAUGGAGUCUGGACGACGAAAUUUGCGUGCGUCCAGUCCCGAGGAAAUGAUUGGAAAUACAUCAUUUCAUACCUCGAAUCGAGUCCAAGUCGCUCCACUCCCUUUAACAAGUGAUUGCCAUGUUGGUCAAGUGUUUGAUCCAAAUGCUUCGUGUCCAGCUCCACGAAAUGAGCAUGAAGAAGCGUACAUUCCUGUUGCUUUAGCUCGUAGUCAAUUAAAAAAAGUUGUUGCUGAUAUGCAUACAAUGAAAGCUGAACAAGUGGAAAAUGUGACUGCUAUUGUUAAUCAUUAUCGUCAGCUCGAGAAAGAGACACAAGAGCGCCAUGAAACACGUGUACGAACCUUAAAAACUCGUGCUGAAGAAAAAGUGAACGAAACACGAAAGUUGUAUGAUGAAUUGACAAAAACUGGAUUUGAACGGGAUAAAAUGUACGCACGAGAGAAACAAGAGUUACUUGAUGAACAGAGUAAGGAACGAUGGCAAUUUGUACAAGAUCGAGAAGAGUGGCAACGUUCGUUGGAAUUAGCACUGCAAGCUCAAGAAGAUCUUUUUACACGAGAACAGAACGUAGCAUGUCAAGAGAUUGCACACAUAUCGCGCACUGCGUUGAAAACUUUACUGGAAUACAAGAGUUUGAAGAAUUUCUCCAAUGAGCUAGAAAUGUACGUUGAAGAUGCGUUUGGUCAAACUGUUCGCAUGACUGAACUAUGUCAAAAUCUUCGAUCAAAUUUGAAAACACAACAGAAAGCUUGGAUUCAUUACAAAGUCGAAGUACAACGACAUUAUGAAGUUUAUACAGAUAUCAAUGGACUUGUCUUGAUAUUAAUUGAUGAGGCGAUGGAGCGCGUUGAACAUCAGAUUCAAGCAAACCAGUGGCAAAAGUUUCAAUUGAAGCUUCAGGAUCUUCAAACGAAAGCUCAAACAGCUGAAUCUCAAAUACUUUUAUUGAAACGUCAACUUCGGAUUGCUUUAAAUCAAUAUGACAAGAUUGAAGCUCAUGCUGUGCAAGAAACUCUGCAAUUACUUGUUCAUGCAGUUGUUUGUAUGACGAAUGAAAGUUCUGGAGUGAUGACUGUCAAUGUACGAACACAGACACAAGAACUGAACGACGCGAUAGAAAUUGCUGAUGAAGUUUCUUCUAGUAGUAGUGAGUACAAGAAAAAUGUUGAUAAAGAUGAUCAAAAACUUGCUUUGAUUAGCUCAAAACAAGCACUACAUGACGCAAUCGAGAAGUUGGAGGCAGCGACAGACGCUAAAAAGACGGUGAAAAGCUCAGUGAAGACGUGGUUGAAAGCGUUUCAACAUCAAUUUGGAAGGGAGCCAUCUCACGAAGAAAAAGCACAAGUCAAAGAUAAAUAUCGUGCUUUUAAACAUGCGGAACAAGCAGUUAUUUUACAAAAACGAGUUGUGCAAACGCUAAAGCAGCAACAUCAAGAAUUGAUUUCGAAAUAUGAUGAUUUGAAUCCUUUGGAUAUACAAGAAAAGAAUGAAACUGGAAAGGUUUUGAUAGAAGUAGCGAAGAGCAUUCAGGAGGGCCCGUCACGUCUUGAUUCAAGUCCACUAUUACGUCCAUCUAUAGAAACGUUUGAUGUUGGUGUCGAAGCUGUUGUCAAAAGGAGAGAUAGUUCUACGGAUGCUGAUUUGAAUGUUUGUCAAGAUGAAGCAAUUGAUAUAUUGAAGAAAGAGCUGGAGGAAGCUCGGUCUCACCUAAAUGUGUGUAAUUACGAAUCGAAGAUGACUGAAAAUCGAAAUGUUAUGAUCAAGUCACAUUGCGAAAUCUUAGAAUCUUCUCAUGAUGAAUCUACUCAUAGCAAAGUCGAAGAAAUGAAUUCUGACCAAAUGCGAGUGACUAAAAGAGAAGAGAUGGAUCAAGACGCUUAUUUAGCUCAGAAAGCUGAAAUUACGCGAUUAUCGGAUGAAAUCCUUCAGCACAAGGCCGAAAAGAAACGUCUAGAUAUUGAAAUCGAGCAGUUGCGAUGCAAAGUGUCGGAAUCUCGCGAUCGUGGCUUGAGCUUACUCAGCGAAGCAAAAGUUAGUUUGGAUGUUGAUAUCAAAGGUUUGGACGAUCAAUUGACUGUAGCAAACGAAUGUGAAGAGUGGAAAGAUGUGAAGGAGGUUUUGACGAAAGAGGAAGAGGAUCUUCCAGUUGAACCGAAUCUGUUUGAGAAGAAGGAGUUUCAAGAGAAAGAAUCACAAGAAAUAAAAGAAGAUGCUGCUCGAUCUAUUCAAAUCAUUCAAUUGAUUACUGACGCUGUAACUCGAGGAAAAAGUCAUUUCAAUCGAGGUUUAAACGACAAACAACGUCGUGCAGUAGCCUCUGUUCUCAAGCGUAUCGUAGUAGAAUCUGUACGUUUACCACCUGCACGAGGAAUUCCAGCACUUCGUCGACAACUUGAUAUCGUUCGAGAAUCUUGUGAAGAAUGGUUAAAUACUCGAGAACAGCAAGCCCGAGGUCGAUUGACUGAACGAAGUAAUCGCAAGGAUGUGGUUUAUAAUUCAAUGCAGGAAAAGAGUGAGGAGAAGAAAACACCUAAGAAACCAAACAUUCAGAAUUCAUCUACAGUCACACAAUUUUCUCCAGUAGAAGCAAAUGGAAUCGAAGAAACUCGACAAAAGUUACGAUCACUUGAAGCUAGUUCGAAAGCAGAUCAAAAGAAAAUUAUGCAGCUAGAAGCUGCUUUAGCAAAGAAUUCGAUAAAUAAAGUGCAAGAAACGAAUGCAGUCGUUAACGAUCGUCGUAUCUUGGAACUUGAAAAGAAACAUCAAAAAGUUUUGGAAGAGAAUGAAGUAAAAGCAAAGAAAGAAAUUAAAGCGCUGAAUCAGAAAAUUCAAUCUACAAACGAAACUUGUCAAUUAUUACGAGAAGAAAUCGAUCGAUUACAAAAGGAAGUGACUCAAACAGGUGGACAAGUGAAAUUUAUUGGCGAAUUAGAGAAUGAAGUGAAUCGAUUACGCAAUGAAACUGCUUUAAUUCUUCCUUUGCGAAAUGAAGUUCAAGAUGUGAAAGCACAACAUAUAAUACUUGAGACAAGAUAUCGAGAGGAACAAGCACUUCGAAAGAAAUAUUACAAUCAAAUUGAAGAUAUGAAAGGAAAAAUUCGAGUUUAUGCUCGAUGUCGUCCAAUGAGUGAAGCUGAACGAAUUCGUCAAUGUACAAAUUGUGUCAAAGUUUUAGAUGAAUUUUCACUUGAAAUUACUGGAGGAAUGCGUGGAUUGAAAACCUUUGUCUAUGAUCAAGUAUUUCCACCAGGAAGUACACAAAAUCAAGUGUUUGAAGAUACCAAAAAUCUACUUCAAAGUGCUGUAGAUGGAUAUAAUGUAUGUAUUUUUGCAUAUGGUCAAACUGGAUCUGGAAAAACCUUCACGAUGACAGGGACAGAGACUGAUUUAGGCUUAAGUCCACGAGCAAUUUAUCAUUUAUUUCACUUAGCAGAAGAGAAUCAAGUAAAUUGGAAUAUUACAUUUCAAGCAACAAUGUUGGAAUUAUAUAAUGAUACGUUAGUGGAUUUAUUUCAAUUACUCGAUGGGAAUACACAAGAUGUGAAAUUGGAAAUUAAAAAGAAUGAAAAAGGUAUGGUCAUUGUUCAAAAUGCUUUAAUGAAAAAGUGUGUAUCACCAGAUCAAACAUUACGAUUAUUUGAUGGUGCGAAUAAAAAACGACAAGUGGGUGCAACGAAAAUGAAUGCCGAGAGUAGUCGAAGUCACUCGAUCUUUUCGCUUUUGAUUGAAAGCUAUAAUAAAACGACCAAAGUGACGACAAUUGGAAAAUUAAGUCUUGUGGAUUUAGCAGGUUCAGAACGAGCUGGAAAAACGGGAGCGACUGCUGAACGACUGAAAGAAGCUCAAGCUAUUAACAAGAGUCUAAGUGCGUUAGGAGAUGUCAUUUCAGCGCUUUCAACGAAUGAAAAAUUCAUUCCGUAUCGCAAUAAUAAGUUAACACAAUUGAUGCAAGAUUCUCUUGGUGGAAAUGCCAAGACUCUUAUGUUUGUGAAUAUUUCACCGGCUGAUUAUAAUCAAGAAGAAACAGUCACGUCGCUGACGUAUGCGUCACGUGUGAAGCUGAUAACAAAUAGUGCUAACAAGAACUCAGAGAGCGAGCAAACAAAGAAAAGGAAAAAUUAG